CUACUUAUAAUUUGACUAUUCUGAAAUUUUCAAACAACAAAAACAUAACUUUUAUUCAGACGUUUUUAUUUCAGGGAUUAGUAUAUAGGUGUUUUCAAGAGGAUUUAAGGUGUCUAGAUUUAUAUAUAUACCUGGCCCUGGUAGUUGGAGUUUGUAGAACCAUUUUUGCACGAGGACAGAAAGGAGUAUUAAAUUAAGCUGUGGCAGGUGCUGAUGUGGCUGGCUCAAUUUCUUACUUGCGACGUGGCUGUGUAUAAAGACCAGUCAGCAGCGCAAUUCAACACGCACGCAAACGUCUCUCUACCAUUUUGUUGGAUAGAAAGAGCCGGUUUGAGAGCGAGACAGGAAUUGGUUUUUGAAAGCAUAAGUAAAUAUGAAGUCGCCGUUCAAGGCAGAUAUACUGAGGGGGAAGGUGGCCCUAUUGACGGGAGGUGGGUCUGGAAUUGGGUUCGAGAUCGCCACCCAGUUCGGUAAACAUGGUGCCUCUGUCGCCAUCAUGGGCCGUCGCAUCGACGUCCUUCACUCUGCUGUCUCCACUCUCCAAUCCUUUGGUAUUCCGGCUGUUGGCUUUGAGGGGGAUGUUCGCAAAAAGGAAGAUGCAAAAAGAGUUGUGGACUCAACUGUCAAGCAUUUUGGCAAGAUCGACAUUCUUGUUAAUGCUGCAGCCGGAAAUUUUCUUGUAUCAUCUGAGGAUUUAUCUCCUAAUGGGUUUCGAACAGUGAUGGACAUUGAUUCUGUUGGUACAUUCACAAUGUGCCAUGAAGCACUUGUAUAUCUCAAGAAAGGAGGACCAGGAAGGAGCUCAUCUACGGGCGGAACAAUAUUGAACAUCAGUGCUACUUUGCAUUAUACAGCAUCUUGGUAUCAAAUCCAUGUAUCUGCAGCCAAGGCAGCUGUUGAUGCCAUUACAAGAAAUUUAGCUCUGGAGUGGGGUACUGACUACGACAUCAGAGUCAAUGGAAUUGCACCAGGCCCCAUAGGUGAUACUGCUGGCAUAAGUAAACUAGCACCUGAGGAGAUAAAUAGCAAAGCUAGAGAGUAUAUGCCUUUGUAUAAACUCGGGGAAAAGUGGGAUAUUGCCAUGGCUGCAGUCUAUCUUGCAUCAGAUGCUGGCAAAUACAUCAAUGGAACCACCCUUGUGGUUGACGGUGGACUGUGGUUGAGCCAUCCUCGCCAUCUACCAAAAGAGGCAGUGAAGCAGCUUUCUCGUGUGGUGGAAAGGAAGUCGAAAGCUGCACCAGUUGGGAUUCCAACCAGCAAACUGUAAUCUUGCUGAACACUAGUAGUGGUGGAUAAAUAUAUGGAUCUAAUAGCGUUCCACUUGGAAUGGAGCUACAGCCAGGAAUGCGUACUAUCUUAAAAGAAAACUUGAAUAGCGUUUGAUGUGGAGGGAAGUAAUUUUUAAGUGUCAAAUUGAUUGGCAUGUGCAACUGUCAUAAUGUUUUAAUCUUUCUUAUUUGCUUUGUGGUGAUUGAUGAGGCCACAUUUUACUGUGUCAAGCUCAAUUAAUUAAGUUGGCCUAAAUUAGCUAUAAGGCAAACCACGUCCAACUCAUGGAUUUGGUCCAAUCUAAAGUUCAAGGAGUCCAAGAACAUUAGCUCAUGUGGGAG